CACCGGUAUAAAUGAAAAAGGAGGAACAGGGCAUCUCCGAAACUAAAAUUGGGAGGGAAAGAUGCGCGGCGCAACUCAACUGAAAAGCAACAUCAGUCGCAAGUCACAACCAUCAACGCCACGACGGUGAUGUUGCUGUUGUCUUGCGGAGUCGCUAACUCUCUUUGACCUCUGCAAAUUGAGCUUCUUGUUUCUUCAACAAUGGCAUUUCUAACUCGCCUCCAUUCCUUCGCAAGGCCCUGCUCCUCUCUCCUCUCCACCUCGCGCCAGGAAAUGUGGCCUCUUCUUCAUCUUAUUUUAUGAAAAGUAAGAGCAUUUCAGGAAUUGAUUCUGAUCAAGCAACACACAUGAAAUACUUGUCUCAGGGAAGUGCUAGCACAUAGGUUUCGUAGUUUGUCAUGUAGAUGUGUUUGGUAGCCAUUUCAUGUAAAUCAUAGCUGUUCAUUUUCAUCUUAUUUUAUGACAAGUUAUCACUUUUUCCCCAGAGUGGAGGUAGAGCAAUAAUGACCAAGAUUGGCAUGAACAUGUGCUCGCUUUCUCCAGCUGUUUCAACUGAAGCCUCAGAUUUAGAAUUUGAAGUGAUCCAUGAUGAUGUCAAAGCAACAGAAAAAGAUGAUGCACUUCGCUUGGCUGUCUCACAGCUUGCUAAUGAGUUUAGUGAGGAAUCAAUGUUAUCUUUGCAGAAGUUUUUUGGUGUGCGCCGCGCUCAAGUGAUAUCUACAGGCUCCCUGAAGCUUGACAUAGCUCUUGGAAUGGGAGGAUUGCCAAAGGGUAGGAUUGUUGAAAUUUAUGGACGAGAAGCAGCUGGCAAGACAACACUUGCACUUCAAGUUAUUAAAGAAGCUCAAAAGCAUGGAGGAUAUUGUGCAUAUCUUGAUGUAGAGAAUGCAUUGGACGCUUCACUUGUGGAAUCAAUAGGUGUGAAUACCGGAAAACUUCUUGUCUCACAUCCAGACUGUGCCGAAAAUGUGUUGAGCAUGGUUGAUACAUUAACGAAAAGUGGAGCUGUAGAUGUGAUUGUGGUUGAUAGUGUUGCUGCCCUUCUACCCAAGCGUGAACUUGAUCAGUUAGGUGUUAGCACCAAACUAGAUUUACAACCCCGACUGAUGACCCAAGCACUGCGGAAAAUUCAGUAUUCAUUAUCACAUUCACAAACUCUUAUCAUUUUUGUUAAUCAGAUUAGAUUUAGUCCAAAAUCAGCUAAGGGAUGUGGACCUGCAGAAGAGGUAACUUGUGGUGGAAAUGCUUUGAGAUUCUAUGCUGCUGUUCGAUUGAGACUUUCGAGAAUGGGAUUGAUCAAAACUGAUGAUAAGGUGGAGGGUCUUCGGGUCUGUGUGCAAGUGGCGAAAAAUAAACUAGCACCAGCAGCACUCAAAAAGGCUGAACUAGGCAUCAAGUUUGGAGGAGGCUUUUGCCACGAAGCAGAGGUCUUAGAUUUGGCUUGUGAACAUGGAAUGAUUGUAAAAGACGAGGAAAGCUACCUUAUAGAAGGAAAUACUUUCGAUACUAGAAAAGCGGCCGAAGUGUAUUUGGCGGAGGAUGACAGGGUCUUUGACAAGUUGGUAAUGGACUUGAGAAGGCUAUAUUUUUGAAAAUUCAGGCAGACAUUCAAAGAUGGCGCUUACCAUAAACUUGUUCAGUCAGAAUUUAGAAGGCCUAAACUCUUUCCAUGUUGUGUUUGCAUACUGUAUACUCAUGCGAUUGAACUUCGAAAAAGUCAAGUAUUGCCUUGAAUGAGCAUCACCCAUCUAGCAGAGGAGUAUAAGGCAAUUUAAGUUGCAGGAAUUUUCAGCUGCAAGUAUUGAUCCCUUUAGAUCUAACAUGUAGCAAAAUUUGAUAUUUAUUGUUGUAUUCAUUUGUUAGCAGAACAUGAUAAGCUGCACUGUAAAUUAUGAAGUGUGCCUUUUCCUUGUACCAAAUUCUCAGUGGAUCCAACCAAAAGAAUCAUAAAGGUUGAUUCUUGGAAUCUUGUGGGUGUAUUUCAUGAAUCUGUUUUUCUCGUUUUCCCUGUCAUUGAGGGCUUUU